AUGUCUCUGGGUCGGCUCCUGCGUCGUGCCUCCUCCAAGGCCUCCGACCUCCUGACCUUUAAUCCCGGGGCGGGGGGCUCGUCGCUACGAUCGGGUCUGGACGGAGAGAUCAUCUUCUCCAAAAACAAUGUUUGCGUGCACCCGGCGGAGCCGCUGCCCGGCCUGGCCGAGCACCACCCAGGCUACCUGUGUGUGCACAUGGAGAAGGACGAGAGCCUGGGAACCACCCUGAUCCUGACCUGGGUGCCCAACUCCCGCAUCCAGAGGCAGGACGAGGAGGCGCUGCGCUACAUCACUCCGGAGAGCUCCCCUGUGCGCAGGAACACCCGCCGCCGAGGCCGACGACCCCACUCUCGUCCCCCAGCAGCCCAGGAGGAAGACGAGGACGACGACAGGAACAUCACCAGCAGCGCCUCUGCAGAGAGCCACGGCCUGGCGGUGGAGGCCGGCGCCGAUCCGUCCUCGCAGCAGCAUCAGCAGCCGCCAUUGGCCGGGGAGGAGGGCGACGAGGGCUCCUGCGAGCUGUCAGACGAGGUGAGCCGGGACAGCACCAUGGGCUCGGACUCGGACACCUUCUCCUCGCCGUUCUGCCUGUCGCCUGUCAGCGAGGCUCUCUGUGAGAGCAGUGGCUCCGUGUUCCUGGACAACGAGAGCAGGGAGCUGUGUGAGGAGCCCAUGAACCACUCGGUGAGCUCCGCCUCCAGCCUGGACAGCCACGCCCCCUCGGAGAGCGGCGGCCAGUCGCAGGGCAUGCGAUGGGAGGAGCAGCAGAAGGUUCUGGCUCUGGAGCAGCUCUGCGGCGUCUUCAGGGUGGACCUGGGUCACAUGAGGUCACUGAGGCUCUUCUUCAGUGACGAGGCGUGCACUAGCGGCCAGCUGGUGAUAGCCAGCAGAGAGAGCCAAUAUAAGAUCCUCCACUUCCAUCAUGCUGGCCUGGACAAGCUGGCGGAGGUCUUCCAGCAGUGGAAGUGCUGCAGAGAAACUCAGCUUAAGGACCAGGUGUCGGAUGAGAAGUCCUGCAUGCAGUUUUCCAUCCAGAGGCCCACCCUGCCGUCGGCUGAGACCCACCCGGAGGAGAGGCUGUACCGGAGGCUGGACGUCACCACCUGGCUACGUCACCUGAACCACAGCGGACAGGUGGAGGAGGAGUAUAAGCUACGCAAGGCCAUCUUCUUCGGUGGCAUCGACCCGUCCAUCCGUGGCGAGGUGUGGCCCUUCCUGCUGCACUACUACAGCUACGACUCCACGUCCCAGGAGAGGGAGGCCUGGAGGCUGCAGAAGCGCACCCACUACCACGACGUCCAGCAGAGGAGGUUGUCCAUGAGCCCAGAGGAGCACAGUGAGUUCUGGAGGAAGGUCCAGUUCACGGUGGACAAAGACGUGGUGAGAACGGACCGCAGCAACCACUUCUUCAGAGGAGAGAACAACCCCAAUGUGGAGAUCAUGAGGCGAGUUCUGCUCAACUAUGCAGUGUUUAAUCCCGACAUGGGCUACUGCCAGGGCAUGUCUGACCUGGUGGCCCCCCUGCUCACUGAGAUCCAGGAUGAAAGCGACACCUUCUGGUGCUUCGUCGGCCUCAUGGAGAACACCAUCUUCAUCAGCUCCCCGCGGGACGAAGACAUGGAGAGGCAGCUGAUGUACCUGCGGGAGCUGCUGCGCCUCAUGCUGCCUCGCUUCCACCAGCACCUGACCAGGCUGGGGGAGGACGGCCUGCAGCUGCUCUUCUGCCACCGCUGGAUCCUGCUCUGCUUCAAGAGGGAGUUCCCCGACACCGAGGCCCUGCGCAUGUGGGAGGCCUGCUGGGCGCACUAUCAGACGGACUACUUCCACCUGUUCCUGUGUGUGGCCAUCAUCGUCCUGUACGGGGAGGAUGUGACAGAGCAGCAGCUGGCUACCGACCAAAUGUUGCUCCACUUCAGCAACCUCUCCAUGCACAUGAACGGAGAGCUGGUGCUGCGCAAGGCGCGCAGCCUCCUCUACCAGUUCCGCCUCCUGCCCAGGAUCCCCUGCAGCCUGCACGACCUUUGUAAACUGUGUGGCCCGGGGAUGUGGGACAGCCGCUACAUCCCCACUGUGGAGUGUUCAGGUGAGCACCCGGACUCCCAGAGCUGCCCCUAUGGAGGCACCUCCACCCCCCAGCCCUCCUCACCCUCCCCGUCCUCCACGCCCUCGCCCUCACCAAACCUCACCCCCACGCCUCCCCCGGAGGGCAAGAGAGGCUCCAAAGCCCGGGACAUUUUCACCUUCCGGAAGCAGUCCUGAGGUGCAGGUUGAGGGCAGCUUCUGCUCGUCUGGGCUCACGUACCUGCUUCUAGUUUCACCGUCUCGACGAGGAUUUCUGUCACCUGAUCUCUUCACGUGGUGCAAUGUGGAACACUGCCUUAGCAGAAUGUUGUUUUCAGCAUUCGGUAUCACAUGAAUCUGCGAUGAGGACGGUUUGCUGCCGGACAGACCAGAGGUCAAGAAGCUGCUUUCCUCUCGGAGCAGAGCGGACAAUCACCAGACACAGAGUUGGUCUGGAGCUACUUCAGGUUCUAAUCUGCUGCUAGCUUGGCAUUCUUCCACGGGCUUUGUGGGCAGGGGUCACAUCAGGGUCUGAGGCAACUGGGUUGAAUUCUCGCAGACUGUGACCCAGGGUCAAAAGAAACUGGAGCUUCGUUCACAGGACUUGAACUUGAACUCUUAAAAGUGUUCCUGUGUUCUCACAAUGGAAUAUUUGUGUGAAUAUCAAAUCAUGUGUGCACAUCUCAAGUCUGAGCAGGACACGCUCAACACGAAACCCGGUAACACACAAGGAGGAAUCGCAAUGAGUUUCAGUUUUGUUUAAUUUCAUAUUUCAACAAGUGAAUGUUUGCUUUUAUAUCAGCAGUUACAAAUAUUUAGCAAUAUUAUAUCCUUGCAUGAGCAGUUCUGUACGUAUAGAGGGCACAACGUAUUUGUUGUUGGCAAACACUGGAGCCCAAAACACAGAUAAGAAUGUGUUUACAUGACAAACGCUGGCAUCACGAUAGGGCUUCUCAUAUUUCCCUCAUCAGCGAGGGAGCAUCCUCAUGAGCAGGACGACGAUGACGGCGCGUUUCCUUCUGACACGUUACCUGGUGAGCAAUAGGAGUUCAACCAUUCACACGUCCUAAAACAUGACAUGACUUUUCCGUUGGUGAGUUAUGGGAUGGAUGUGACAGCGGCGUCGCCAAAGACAGGCUCGCGGGUUUUAACGGAAAAAUGGACGACUUUUUGUGUUCGACUUGAAACUCCAUCCUCACGUGUUCAGACAGGCUCGUGAAACAUCGUCAGCACAGUUUUAGGUCUUUAUUUUUUUCCACUUUCACCUCUAAAAUGAAUGACACCCUCAACUGAGAAUCAGUCCACAUGAAUGUAUUCGUUCUUGUCACUCUACAACGCCGUGUGUGUGUGUGUGUGUGUGUGUGUGUGUGUGAACACUGGAGUGACCUCUAAACAUCUGGCGAGGCCCUCUGACCGUUCUCUUUAAUUACAGCGGCCAUCUUGCAGAGAAGGAAGAAAGACGAGUUUGUGUUUGAGCUGCUCGCUGGGAUCCGACCUCACAUGCUGGAAACUUUUCCCCUCCGAGAGGUUUGAGUGACACUUGUGGGGGUGAAAACAUCUUUAAGUUGCUAUUAAAAUCUAACAUUAAGGCCUUCAAUCAGCCUCUGUGCACCCCCCUCCCCACAAGGCGCUCUCGCUCCGUCUCAGCGAGCAGUCUCUGCAAAUGACAUCCAUAACUGCUCUUCCCCAUUAGUUAUCAUGUGCAGCUGUUUGCUGGAAAUGCCUGCAGAGUUCAGGAGACGGGGGGCUGCGUCGAAAUGAGCUCAGUCAGGAAUACACGAUGGGAAAAUAAUCAAACCGUGUGUGUGUGUGUGUGUGUGUGUGUGAGAUCUCAUGAAUUUUAUUAACAUUGAAAUCACAUUGUUUACACAGACACUACAAGUCACAAGCUUGAUUAAUGACUGCUCCUAUUUAAAGGGGUCGUGACUCACGAAUGUACAGUGUUGCUGUUAAACUCUACGAUAUGUCGAUGUAUUACUGUACACAUCACGGAAAAAAAGAGCUUAUUCUUAUUAUUGGUAUCAAUAAAAACAACAGCAGUAAUAAAAUACA